GGAACGAGAAGAGGCCAGAAGAGACCAUUGUUUCCCCUCCACUGCAUGCUUUUUAGGUGUAAGAAGAGACUGAGAACAGAGAGUAAAGAGUCAGGUGCACAGUCCACUAUUUGUCAACCUCGGCCUUUAAAAUUAAUACAGAGGAGGAACGGUUAGAGCAAGAAGAGAAGAGGCAAAACAAAAUCUGAAAGUAGCAGAGGAAACAUCAAUGGCAGCAAAGGUGAUACUAUCAGUGUUGUUGGGUGGGUUUGUGAUAGGGGUACUGUAUCUCUUUGAGGUUUUGGUGCUGCAGCCAAAGAGGCUAAGAUCAAAGCUGGAAAAGCAAGGGAUCAGAGGGCCUCCUCCAACGAUUCUAUUGGGGAAUAUCCCAGAAAUGAAGAAGAUCAAACUCGAGUCCAUGAAGAAGUCAGAAGCAAAGGAUCAGACACCUUCUAUUGCUCAUGAUUGGCCUUCAAAACUCUUCCCUCAUAUUGCGCAGUGGAGAAAGGAAUACGGGCCAAUCUUCACCUAUUCAACUGGAAUCAUACAGCUAUUAAGCGUUACGGAGAUAGAGAUGGUGAAGGAAAUUAGUAUGUGCACGUCUUUGAUAUUAGGAAGGCCUGCUUAUAUGUCUAAGGAUUUGAAGCCUCUAUUAGGACAAGGCAUUAUCUCUUCAAGUGGCCAAACUUGGUCACACCAGAGGAAAAUUAUUUCUCCUGAAUUCUACUCUGAUAAGGUUAAGGGUAUGGUCGAUUUAAUGGUGGACUCUACAGCCUUAAUGUUAAGAUUUUGGGAAAGCAUAGUUGAAAGUGAUGGAGGAAUUGCACGGCUUAGGAUUGAUGUAUAUUUGAGAAGCUUGUCAGCAGAUAUAAUAUCAAGGUCAUCCUUUGGGAGUAAUUAUGUAAAAGGGAAACAAAUUUUUUUAAAGCUCAGGACUCUUCAACAACUUAUGUCUCAGGGAAACCUUGGCAUUCCUGGGUUAAGGCACUUGCCAACAAAGAGGAACAAAGAAAUAAGGAGUUUAGAGAAAGAGAUUCACUCAAUGAUAUUGGAGGUAGCAAAAAAACGCAAUGAGGCUACCUCUGAGAAGGAUCUUCUUCAAAUGAUACUGGAGGGAGCAAAAAAUUACUCUGACGCUGAUAGCUUUUUUUCAUCUGGUACAUCUGAGGAUCAGUUCAUAGUGGAUAAUUGCAAGAAUAUAUACUUUGCUGGCCAUGAAACCACUGCCAUCACAGCAUCAUGGUGCUUGCUGUUGCUGGCUGCAUAUCCGGAGUGGCAAGCUUGUGUUCGUGCUGAGGUGCUUGAAAUUUGCAAGGAUGGCAUUGUAAAUGCUGAUGUGCUUCGAGGCAUGAAAACAUUGACUAUGGUGAUCCAAGAAACAUUGCGACUGUACCCACCAGCAACUUUUAUCGUAAGACAUGCAUUGGAAGAUAUUAAACUCAGAGGCAUUCUAAUUCCCAAGGGAACUACCAUUCAGAUCCCAAUCUCAAUGGUGCAGCAAUUGCCUGAAUUAUGGGGACCUGAUGCUGCUGACUUCAAUCCCAUGAGAUUCGAGGAUGGAAUUCGUGGGGCUUGCAAGUUUCCUCAGGCCUAUUUCCCAUUUGGAGUUGGCGCUCGCAUUUGUGUUGGCCAAAACUUAGCAAUGACAGAAUUGAAGGUGAUUUUGUCUCUCCUUCUAUCCAAGUUAUCUUUCUCGCUCGAUCCUGAAUACAAACACAGCCCGGUUUUUAAGUUGGUUACUGAGCCUGAACAUGGAGUAACUCUAUUUGUGAGGAGGGUGUGACCUGCUUCUCUGUUCUCUAUCUUGCAAUGACUAAUAGUAAUUUUCUGGAUGGGAAUUUCUAAUUAUCAAAAUUAAAAUAAAUCCAAGUGCCAAUACAAUAUUUCUUGUUGAUGACUCUAAAUAAAAUUGCUCGUUUGAUCGAGUAGUUUUACUACUAGCCAUGAAAUCUUACGUGGCUACAGUAAUGAUGCGUGUAACAAGUUCCCAAUCCACAUGACUAAAUGAGCAAAUCCUUAACUAGAAAGUUGAUUUGUAUAUCCCCCAAUUGGGCUUGCACAGUAGUAACUGUUGGAGUAACAUCUAAUGUGGAUAUCUCUAACCUCGCUUAUUAUGAACAAUCAAGGUUGGUUUUACUAGAUUUGUCUUGUGAGAGAUGAGACUUUAAGUGACCUAGUAUAUAUACAAAAGGGUCCUUGCAUAAGCUCAUUUAAAGUUUUCAACUUAUUAUGAACUGUCAACUUAAAAAAAACACUCGAGUUAAAAAACAAAAAACAAAAAAGAA